AUGAAACAAAAAAAUCCUACAUUUUCUAGUGUAAGUGUUAAAGUAUAUUACACAUGCGAAAAUUUGGCAGCUAAAAAUUUAUUUGGUUUAUUAAAUAGAUUAGCAACUUUUUUUUCUGAUUCAUACAAAAAGAUGGGUGUGUGGAAAGAAAUUCAGGAAAAACUGACAACCGGUCAAAACAAACUGAAAAAAUUACAGAAAAUAGGUGAAACUCGUUGGUGGUCUCGCGAAAAAGCAUUACUAUGGAUGUUUGACGGAAAUGACUGUUUAUAUCCUAUAGUGAUAAAUGCAUUGGAUUUUGUGGCAACAUCAAAAACUUUUGACCCAAAAUCUAUUUCCGAAGCCAAUUCAUUAAAAGAAAAGUUGUGUCAAUUUAAUAUUAUAGUAACAGCUCAUUUAUUUCUUCCAAUUUUCAAAAGUAUUGGCCCUACUUCAACAUACCUACAAUCAAAGAAUUUGGAUAUAUUGAAUGCUUUUUUAAUGGUGGAUAAGUGUAUUGCUGACAUAAGUAACUUAAAAUUUGAGAAUGUUCUUAAAUCAUCCAAAGAUUUCGUUUUAAAAAUGAAUAAUUCCCUUCACAAAAUUGCAUUAAAUAAAGAGAUAUUUAUUGAGAAUGAAUUUUCCUAA